CGUCUAUCCACCGUUGACAUCCCUGUCGCACGCUGUCGUUCUGGAGGCAAGAAGGUUACCCUACCCGCGGAUCCAAAUUUGAUAUGCCCGAGAUGUUCGACAUCCGUGUGCUAUCGAUAGCGCGCGGCGUCCGGAUGUAUAUGUUUUUAAUACGAACCGAAGACCCUGAGACUUGAGUGCCGGAAUAGGCCACAUGUAUCCGAUGACGAUCUCCAGUCGGUCGAAUGUUCAACCGCCCUUCAAAAGGCGCGUCGCGCAAGCGAUGACGCUUAAGCCCCCUCCCGUCCUCAGCGUUUCCGCGUCCUCUCUCAUCUCCAGUGAGAUGCACUGGUUCUCUCGAACCUUUGCACUUGCUUUCUUCUUCCUUGCUUUUAUCCUCUACGUUGUACAUGCAGACGAAAUCCGUCAUGAUUAUGCACUGAGGGAUGGACACCUCGAAGCCUUCGAGGCAGUCCUUACCCCACAAAAGGUGGUUGACAUCGCCUCAACCACGUCUAGUUCUUCAGAGCAACCUUCAUCCACCGCCUCCUCCGCUGGCGGCUCGUCCGGGGGCUCUCACUCUGGAUCCAUCAUCGGCGGCCUCAUCAUAGGGGGCAUCGCCGCUGUGUCCUUCGCUUUCGCCAUUGGUACAAUCAUCCGCCGGCGUCGACGUCGUGUUUUGCUGGGCGACAACGCUUCCGAGUUGAGCAUUGCCGAAGCUCAACCCCAAACAAGAGCAUCGCUCAUCCAAGAAACUGUAGCAGCCGUUCCCGAUCUUGCAUUCCCGCCUUAUACAUAUGACAACACUUCGCCUUCUCGCCCUUUUCUACUCCGAAGCGAAUCCGGGCUCACAUUGAUUGCCCACCCUCUGUACACUACAUCUAUGACUCCCGACGCAAGCACCCCUGUCCUCUCGCGCGCCAACUCCGCCGGAACACUUGGUCCCCUCGUUCCCCACUCCCUGUACACCACCGUCUUUUCUGACCCAUCAUCGUUUGCACCUUCUAUCGCUCCAUCCAGAGAAACCUCAGCUGGGACCCUCGCCCCAGCUCCCCAGCCCCUCUACCCUCUCAUUAUGCCAGAUUCAGCCUUCACCUCACGACCGCCUUCUAUUUCUCGUCCUGCUUUAUCCAGGGAGAAUUCUGCGAUAUCUAGGAGCUCCUCUCCGGAGCAAAUAUACUUCUCCCCCAAGCGAGCGACGCGUCCCCCCUUGUCCAGGGAAAACACUAACCUGUCCGUCCAUGAAGAAGAGGACCACGCUUGAAUCCAUUCACGACUCCCACCUCAUCGUUUGGUUACAUAGGUUUACUCAUUCAAGGUCCCUCAAUUUUGCGAUUACAGAUGCUUGUACUACUUUUUAUCCUUAUCAUUCCCUUCCUUUCUGCUCCUUUGUUUUUCGAGUUUCAUCUCCUCGCUUCGCCACUGACAUACGUGUCCCCUUCUUGAGCUAUAGAUUACGAACGCUCCU